AUGGCGAAAGCAGCAGCAGCUACAUCAUCUGCAACGACGGCGGCGAGCCAUAUGCUCGAUGUGCUCAUCAUCGGUGCUGGCUGGUCGGGACUCUCGGCUGCAUUGAAGCUUUCGCAGGCGGGCCGCAAAGUUGCCAUUCUCGAAGCACGUGAGCGUAUCGGUGGACGAGCUUUUACGCAUACCUGGAACGACAAGACGGAUCUCAACGAUACCUCGCGCACGCUAACUGCGCCCAGUGCAGCUGAUUACUGGUGCGAUCUAGGCUGCUCAUGGAUACACGGCUACUUGGAAGGCACGCCCCUGAAAGCUUUGACUGACAAGUACAGUAUUCCGGUAACCCUCGCGAGCGAGCGCGAAACGGUGGUGGUGGCUGAACAAGGACCACUACCCCAAGCGUUGUCGCACAAGUUGAUCGCCAAUCUCGCAACUGCUCAACAAGCCGCCAAAACUGCCGCACUCGAUCACACUACUACGCCACCCGAUGCAAACACGUCGCUGGCCGAUUUCCUGUACAGCGACCACUCGCCGCUAUUCGCGAAUCUGGCGUCCGAAACCGAAAAAUCCGUGGCGCGUCAUGUGGCAAGGAUGCUUCACAUCCCGCUCGGCAUCGAGCUCGAAAAGGCGAGCCUAAAGUGGCACGGCUUCGAACAUGCGUUUGCCGGCACAGAUGCUGCUCCCAAAGGCGGAUUCACGACCAUGAUCAACAAGAUGGUCAAUGAAAUCACGUCGUUAGGAGCAUCAAUCUAUACUGGCCAAGAAGUACAGUCGGUCCAAGAUGGCGACAACGUCAAGGUGACCACCAAGCAGGGUGAGCAAUACACGGCGCACACCGCACUUGUUACGAUUCCGCUUGCUGUGUUGAAAAACACAGCUGGUCGACUGUUUGAGCCGGCGUUGCCCGAAAGAAGGCUCGAGACGAUCAAGCGUGUUUCGGUGGGCAACCUGAACAAGGUGCUGUUGCACUACCACCAGCCAUGGUGGAACGCGACGACGGGUACGUUCCUGGUUGUGCCUUGUUCGUUGGCUGUACCGUCGUCGGUCAAGAGCGAAGCGCAAAAGGAACUGUGGCAUCUCUACUCGUCAACCACGCUGAUCGUUGCCUCGCUAUCAUCCGAGCAACGCGCUUCGGAAGCGGGUGGUAGUGGAGCGUCGAAUUCGCUGCUCGUCAUGAUCGGUGCAGACUCAGCCAGACAGUUGGAAGCUUACGAGCGUCUGGAUGCUGGCAACACUCUGCACACCUACCUUGUCGCGCGUAUCGUCGGGAGCGACCAUGCGAGCACACAGCCGCCCAAGCAUAUCUUUUACUCGAGGUGGGCAAACCACGCUUUCACCGGUGGUGCAACCACCUCGCCUGUGUCCACUGCAAGUGGCUCCUCGCCAUUGGACUUUGAGAUGCUUUCGCGACCUCUUUGGAACGGCCGCCUCGGGUUUGCUGGCGAACACACCGAGAUCAAUCAUCGAGGCUCGGCAGCAGGCGCUUACGUGUCUGGCCAGCGAGAAGCGAAUCGUCUCUUGGCGUAUCUGGACAAGCUGUAUCCUCAAACAGUCAACAAGCUUUGA